AUGACUGAGAAGAUAGCUGGUAGCGGCUUGAACUUCGACGAUCUUCGACGUGUGUUCGCUGAAUUUGGCAAGAAAGGAUUUUUUGCUAUAUUAUCCAAACCACCAACAAGUCACCAACAAUCAACAAAACCAAGAGUCACUAAAACACCACGAAUUCUCUCCUCAAUCCUAACGUACUUCGAACGUCAACAACAUGAACAAUGA